AGGCAAAGGAACAACUUCCGUCCAAAAACAGGUGGCGUGGAAACCUGCAGGAUGAAGUAAACACAAAUGAUCGAUUUUUAUAUGGAACACGCUGGUAAGGUUUCUCCGGCGCCCGCCGAAUAGACGCAGCCGCAGAGGAGCUGAAGGCCACCGGAGCCAGGGAAUCCAGAGAAAAAAAGCCUCUUGCGAUGCCACCCGCUGAUGCAGAGCCGAGUAUGGGCAAAGAGAAGGGGGCUGCGGACUCGGCCUCGCCUGCUCAUCCACCUGGAGAACGGGCGGUGAGCGUCUUGUGGUCCUUCGGGAAAUGCCUAGGCGCGCUUUUACCGGUGUACCUGGCCGGGUACUUUGGGUUCAGCAUCAGUAUCGUCCUGUUCGGCCUGAUGAUCUACAUGGGUUGGAAGCACAGCCGACUGGACAAAGUGAUGAGGCUCAAGUCUGCCAUGUACCUUUUGGAGAACGAGAUGGAAUUCACCACCGCGAAGGUCUUCAGGACCAAAAGAGACCUACCGCCAUGGGUCAACUUCCCAGAUGUGGAAAAAGUGGAGUGGCUGAACAAGAUCCUGCAGCAGGCUUGGCCUUUUGUAGGCCAGUAUCUGGAAAAGUUGCUGGUAGAAACCAUCGCCCCUGCCAUCCGUGCUUCCAGCAUUCAUCUGCAGACACUCAGCUUCACAAAGGUCAACCUGGGAGACAAGGCUAUGAAGGUGGUGGGGGUGAAGGCUCACACAGAACAUGAUAAGAGACAAGUUCUGCUGGAUUUGUAUGUGAGUUAUGCGGGUGAUGUUGAGAUCAAUGUGGAAAUCAAAAAGUAUUUCUGCAAAGCAGGGGUGAAAGGAAUCCAGCUCCACGGGAAGCUGCGUGUGAUCCUCGAGCCUCUUAUCGGAGAUGUGCCCCUGGUCGGAGCCAUCACAAUGUUCUUCAUCCGCAGGCCCAAACUGGACAUUAAUUGGACUGGGCUGACCAACUUGUUGGAUAUCCCAGGGUUGAAUGCCAUGUCGGACACUAUGAUAAUGGAUGCAAUAGCCUCCUACCUGGUGCUCCCCAACCGUCUCACUGUCCCCCUGGUGGCCGACCUGCACGUUGCGCAGCUCCGCUCCCCUCUCCCAAGGGGAGUUGUGCGUAUCCACCUGCUGGAAGCGGAGGACCUGACUGCCAAGGACACGGUUAUCAAGGGUUUAAUCGACGGGAAGUCUGACCCGUAUGCCGUGCUCCGCGUGGGAACCCAGACGUUCACCUCGCAUCAUGUGGACAGCAACCUGAACCCCCAGUGGAGGGAGAUGUAUGAGGUGAUUGUCCAUGAAGUACCUGGUCAGGAGUUGGAGGUGGAAGUGUUUGACAAAGACCCAGACCAGGAUGACUUCCUGGGGAGGGUCAAGGUGGACCUUGAUAUUGUAAAGAAGGCUAGAGUUGUGGAUGAUUGGUUCAAUCUGAAGGACGUCCCAUCGGGCAGCGUUCACCUCAGGCUGGAGUGGCUCUCUCUGCUGCCCUCUGCUGCCAGGUUGAGUGAAGUGAUCCAGAGGAACCAGAACCUGACCAGUAAGACAGCCGAUCCUCCCUCCGCUGCCAUCCUAGCCGUCUACCUUGAUCAGGCUCAAGAGCUGCCUAUGAAGAAAGGCAACAAGGACCCCAGCCCGAUGGUUCAGCUUUCCAUCCAGGAUGCAACCAAAGAGAGCAGGACUUGCUAUGGAACCACCAACCCCGUGUGGGAGGAUGCCUUUACCUUCUUUAUUCAGGAUCCUCGUAAACAGGACAUCGAUAUUCAGGUGAAGGAUGAUGACCGCGCUCUGGCCCUGGGCAGCCUGACCAUCCCCCUGUCCCGUAUUUUGGCAACCCCUGAGCUCACCUUGGACCAGUGGUUCCAGCUGGAAAAUUCUGGUCUCGCCAGCCGCAUUUACAUCAAAAUCGUUCUUAGGGUGUUAUGGUUAAAUGAGGAAGCCACUCCUACAACUCCAUCCCCGCGACCCUCAGGCAGCGGGUCGGUGCUCGGUCCUGAGGGAGUUACGUCGGAGCUCAGCCCUGGGGGCGUCGGCGGGGCAGCUAAACCUCAACCCACCCGACCGCAGCACACCACCCCGGACCCAGAGUUUGCAACUGAGGGAGUUCUGCGUAUCCAUUUGGUGGAGGCCCAAAACCUGAUCGCCAAAGACAACUUCAUGGGGGGCAUGGUCAAGGGGAAGAGUGACCCCUAUGUGAAGAUCCGGGUCGCUGGUAUCACUUUCCGCAGCCACACCAUCAAAGAGAACCUCAACCCCAUCUGGAAUGAACUCUAUGAGAUAAUAUUGACCCAGCUACCUGGGCAGGAGGUCCAGUUUGAGCUGUUCGACAAGGACAUUGAUCAGGAUGACUUCCUCGGGAGGUUCAAGCUAAACCUCCGAGACAUCAUCAGCGCACAGUUCAUAGACACGUGGUACACUCUGAAUGAUGUGAAGUCGGGCCGAGUUCACCUGGUGAUGGAGUGGCUGUCCAGAGUCUCAGAUCUACCCAGACUGGAGCAGAUCCUGCAGUACCACUCCCAGCAGUCCUACCAGAACAAAGUUGUGCCAUCAUCAGCUGUGUUGUUUGUUUAUGUUGAGCGUGCCCACGGCCUUCCGUUGAAGAAGAAUGGAAAGGAGCCCAAAGUUGGAGCUGAGAUUAUCCUCAAAAGCACAAUAUACCGAACCAAGAUCUGUGAGCGUUCCACGUCACCACGAUGGGAUGAAGCCUUUCAUUUUUUGGUUCGUGACCCAAAAGAUGAAAUGCUUACAGUCAAGCUCUCCCACAGCUGGGGCCAGGCUCUUGGCUCCGUGGUGCUUCCUCUCAGAGAGGUGCUGGGUGAGCCGGGCUUGUUGCUGGACCGCUGGCUCGGUCUGGAGGGAGCUCUGCCAGAGAGCCAGAUACUGCUGAGGGCCACACUCAAGAUCCUGGACACUCAGCUGGCGGUGUGUCGUAAGGCUCCGGGGGACACGUCUGACGAUGUCAACGCAGAGGGCAGCUCCAAUAUUAUCAUCCCCAGAUGGGACCCUGCGCAUCUAGACCUCCGACACAGGACUGGCUUGUCCAUAAGCGGUGAUCAUGGAAGUACAGCCGGCCAGGUGAAGCUUUCCAUCGGCUAUUCCACAGAGGAGAGCAGGCUUUUCAUCGUUGUGUACUCCUGCAGGGCCCUGGCAGCUUGUUCAAAGGACGGUGCAGACCCUUAUGUGACCUUCGUUCUGCUGCCCGACAAGAAAGGCACCACAAAGAGGAAGACUGCCACCAAGAAGCGAGACCUCAACCCAGAGUUCAAUGAGAGGUUUGACUUUGAUUUCUCUCUCGAGGAGUCCACGCAGAGACGACUGGACCUGUCAGUGAAACACAACGUCUCCUUCAUGAGCAGAGAGAAGGAACUUAUUGGCAAGUUGCAGCUGGACCUGGACCAAAUUGACCUCAAGACUGGUGUAACACAAUGGUACGAUUUGGUACCAGAGACCAACUAGAAGAAAAGAUGCUUGAUCUCCAGUACGAUAUAACGUUGAUUGUUGCUUCUGUGAUUUGUCUGUGUUUUAUUGUUUAUUCAGCUUAUGUGCAAUUGGACCAUCACUGAAGAAAAAAAAAAUCCACAAUAGCACAGCCCAUCAGUAUUUAUGAAGACAGAUUUGUCUUGUAGCUGAUCAUCCAUAGUGUUACCUGUGCGGAGUCCAUGCUUUCAGAGAUGAAGUCUUCAGUAUCUUCCGGCUGAAUAGAUAUUUGAUAAUAAUGCAACCAUGUUGCAAAACGUACCAAGGUUAUACUGUAUAUGUGCAAAAGCACUUAAAAGUCCUCUUCAGAGUUUAGUCACAAAAGGCCUUAUGCUGUGAUCACACUGAUGUAUUAUUGAUCCUAAGGUAUGGCAAUGUCUUAUUAUGGAUUUACAGGAUCUGCCUCGACAAACGGUGAUUCUUUUGAAUUUUAUUUUUUACAAGCUAGAAACAAUUCCCUGUAUUCUGUUGUUUAUAUAUGUUUAUAUUAUUGCCUUAUAAUACUACAAAACUGUGCACAAUUUUUCAGAGCGUUUACGCAUUAUGUUCCAGAUGAAGUUUUUAUAUGUUUUAACCAGAUAUAUCUGAAAGUUGCUUUUAUAAAUCAAGAUCAAGUAUUACAAACGUGGACCCUCACAUUUGCCACUGAGAAAACAGAUAUGAUACUGUCAGCAGAGUCUAAAUCACUGUGCUUUUAUGAAGAGCGAACUUUGAUGAUGUGGAAAACAUCUCAGCUGCCCUAGUUCCCAUGCUUAGUGUUUGUAUGUGUUUGUAGUGCCAAAUGCAACAGGAUGAUGCUGUAUAUGCCAGAGAGCCAUGUUUAUGGGUUAUCUUCAAGCACAACAGGCCACUUACAGCUUAUAAACUUAAGAAAAGCAAGCAAAUACCUGGCAAAGCAGCCUUCCUGUCCCAUUCCAACACUGUCACCAAAACCGCAAAAAGGCUUGAAAUCUGAUUUGUGGCAAGGGAAAGACGUAGCGUUAGUGUCUAGACUAAAGAAACUGCUGUGCUUUGACAUAAUUUGCAGAUACCAUCAUUUGUCUGCUUUGAAGUAGCUGAUUAAAGUUUGCACUCUUGAGAACCAAA